AUGUCAAAUUCAGUAUCCAGACCUAGUACCCUUAGAGAUAAGGAGGAUCAUAAAAUUUCUUCUGCUAAGCCAGAAUUGAGCGAUAUCAUCAACCUCCACGACUUUGAACGUGUAGCUAGUCAAACACUGUCAGAAAAAUCGUGGGCCUAUAUUAGCAGCGGAUCUAAUGACAACAUUACACGCGAUGCCAACCUUGCCAUACUUAAAAAGAUAUGGCUCCGUCCAGCCGUUAUGCGUAACGUCCAACACGUCAACACCAAGACAACUCUGUUUGGCUGCCAUUUAGAUCUGCCUAUUUUCAUUGCGCCCACCGGAGCGGUACGCACAGCUGGCCCUGAUGGUGAACUCGCGUUGGCAAGAGCCGCGUCUAGAAGUGGAAUCAUCCAAUGCAUUGCGACUCCUGCAUCGUAUCCACAUCAAGAGAUCCUCAACGCCACCACGGAGCAUGCCUUCUUCCAGGUCUACGUCAACAAGGCCCGCGCGGAAACAGAGCGUGUGCUCCACCUAGGCAUUGCUACGGGCAAAGUCAAGGCUAUAUUCGUCACCGCAGAUUUACCAGUCGUUUCCAAGCGCGAGGCUGAUGAGCGUGUCAAAUCGAGUGCGAAUACAUCAGACGCCAAAGGUGCGGGACUUGCUCGGCAAACAGGCGCUUUCAUCGACCCCUCAUUGAAUUGGGACGAUAUCGGCUGGAUCCGAAGUAUCACGAACCUACCCAUCGUUGUCAAGGGCAUCCAGCGCUGGGAAGAUGCAAAGUUGGCCGUGCAGUAUGGGUGCCAGGGAAUCAUAUUAAGUAACCACGGCGGCCGAGCUGCCGAUAAUGCGCUACCCGCGAUAAUUACCCUACUAGAACUCCAUGUUCAUUGCCCAGAGGUCUUUGGAAAUUUGGAGAUUCUUGUGGAUGGCGGUUUCCGUAGAGGGUCAGACAUUGUCAAGGCUAUUUGUCUGGGCGCCUCUGCGGUUGGACUUGGCAGACCUUUUAUGUAUGCUGUCAAUUAUGGGCAACCAGGCGUAGAGCACGCUGUCAAUAUCUUGCGAGACGAGAUAGAGACCACUAUGCGUCUAUGUGGCAUCAAGGAUCUGAUGCAGGACUCGGAUCCAAGCUGUCUUAACACCGCUGAGGUUGAUCAUCUGGUUUACAAACCAAAUCAUUUGUAUAUAACCAAGCGGCAAUCACAUCUUUGA